AUGUCUACCGAGCGCUUAAUGACGAAAAUGAUUAAAUCAGGAAGGGAUGAGGCAGAGGUACGAUCAAUGUCAAGACAAGAGAUUAUCGAUGCAUGUCUCGCUAGCGAAUUGAUGAGAACAGAACUUCUGACCGAAACAUCUGAACCUCCCCAGAACGUAACUGAAACGGAAAGAUGGAAAUUUGAGAAAGAACUUGAAUUUAAAGAAAGACAAGCGGCGAAGGAACUUGAAUUUAAAGAAAGACAAGCGGCGAAGGAAUUUGAAUUUAAAGAAAGACAAGCGGCGAGGGAAUUUGAACUGAAAGAACGAGAACUCGAAUUGAAAGAAAGACUAAAGGAAGAGUUAAAAUUAAAAGAAGAUGAAAUGAGAUUGAAAGAAGAUGAACUCAGAUUAAAAAGGGAAGAAUUUUUAUUAAAACAAAAGGAAAGUAAUUCGCUAAUUAAUAGAAUUAAAAAGUUCAGCGACACGAUGAAAGAACAAUUGUGGAAAAUGCCCCAAAACCCUAGUGAACUACCAACUUUUUUUGUACAUCUCGAAAACGCUUUCUGUUCUAAUGGAGUUGAUCAAGAUGUCAAGUCAAGACUUCUUCAAAUGUGUUUACACGAUAAAGCGAAGUCUAUUAUAACUCGAUUAACAGUGCAACAAUUAGAUGAUUAUAAUACUUUGAAAGAAUUUCUACUGAGCGAGUUUAGAAUCAGUCCAGUCAAAUUGCGAGAACAAUUUUUCGGCACGAAAAAAAUACCAAAUGAAACGUACCAACUAUUAUUAUCGAAGUUAAAAAGCUUAUGGAAUUUUUAUCUUAAAAGCAGAGAGAUUGGAACAGAUUUUCAUAAACUAGUGAACUUAUUAAUGGCCGACCGAAUGAAGGAGUUGCUACCCAGAGACUGUUUAAAUUUCGUUCUUAGCCAGGAGCAAGAUGGCUGGUUAGAUUGUGAUAAGUUAGCACGAAUAGCUGAUAAUUAUGCCGCGACAUACGUCAAGGAUAAUAACAGAUCAUAUCAUCGUGAAACGGAACAAAAUUCUUUUGUUAACACUGCAUUUACUCAGUUUGAUACAAGACAGAAAGCGAAUCCACGCAUAUUGGACAAAACUAAAGAAGAAGCUAUGAGAAAAGGAUUAUGUUUUAAAUGUCGACAACCUGGUCAUCUAUCAAAAAACUGCAACAAUUCAUUUAAAAUACAAAGAAAUUCAGUGCAGCGCAGAUUGGAAGUAAACAAUAGUUAUCAAUAUAAUCGAAAUACCCGAGAUAUUCAGUGGAAACAUUUCUAUAGAAGAAAAUUCGUCGAUAUUGCUGUGGAAGGUGUACUACCCCAAAAGGCAUUGAUCGACGGAGGCGCAGAGAUUUGUUGUAUACGACGAGAUCUCAUCGAACCGUCAAAGAUGAAAGUGCAAGGAAAGAUUUCAAUUCUUGGACUACGAGGCGAAGCGAAUGUGUUUGAUACGGUGAAGCUAGAAGUUCUGCCAAUAAUAAAUAAUUCACCAGGGAAAACAUAUACUGUACCCCCGACGCCAGUUUUAUUUGCGGUGAUACCAGACUUAAACGAAAAAAUAAUUAUAACACCGAAUAUUGCAGAAUGGUUAGAUAAAUUAGAGAAGGAAAUACCAAUUUUAAUCAGAGACCAUCACAUUGCCAGCAAAGCUAACGAAAGCCUUCAGAACGAUAACGCCGACCAUGAUGAAAUAAAGUUAGUAGAAGUAAAUAAUGACAAAGACGAUGAGGUUACAUUUAAAGAUGAAGAUGAUGACGAAGAUGACGGUAUGAAAGUUAAUGAUGAUAAUUACCAUGAUGACCACGACGAGGAUUGUGAAUUCAUUGAUAGGACGAAUGCUUUAAUUAAUGAAGACGGAACCAAUGAUUAUAAUGAGCAAAACAAUGAUGGAGAUGAUAGAUUCAGAAACAAAUAUAACUGCGAAAAUAAAAAUUACUUCAACGACAAGAACAAGGACGAUGAUGAUGAAAAGGAGAACCUAAACAAUGAUGAAAAAAUUAAAAUUGAUGAAUGCCGAGAUGACGAGAACAGAAAUGGUGGGAGCAGAGAUGAUGAUGAGAUGGAGUACAAAGACACAGUAGCCAUGUUGUUCAACGACGGAUCCCACACUAAGAAUAGUAUGACGAUUGACAUGAAUAACGAUAUGAAACCUGAAAUACAAAGAAUUGACAUCGUAACGGUACAUGCUAUAGACGAUGAUGAUGAGGAUGUGAAACAAAAGGAACAUUCCUCACUGAAGAUUAAAUUCGUAAAAAAGAACACCACGCAGUUUAAAAUAUUUUUGCGUUUAAACAGGUACAUUCUGUCAGAUAAUUUUGAAGCGAAAACUGUUGACCAAAAUAAUGAAAUCCAAAAAGGGCAAACAAAAGAGCCUUCUAAAAAGAGAUUAGGUUGUCAUUAUCAUGGAAACGUUGAUGGCAUUCCUUCACAAUUGGCUGCAAUUUCACUAUGCUCCGGUGUCAGUGGUUUCUAUGAGAGAAAAAAUGAAGCUUUUGAGUUGAGGUCGAAGUCUAAAGGAACGUUGGAGAGAGUCGUUGUUAAAAAAUCUGUUAGGAAGAAACGUUCUUGUGGUAAAUUUAUUUGUAAAAAUUGUAAUGAAUUUGUUUCGAAGAAUUAA